GGGAUGCUGCCAAUGGAUCGAGAUGAAAAUGAAAUGCAGGUUCAGAGAAGAAGCCAGUCAGGCCCUGGAACUCUUGGAGCUGGGAAAGCACAGCGGGUGCAGCAGGAUAUGGGCAGAGCAUUUCCCGGGCUUUUUAAAGCGAAGGUGGCAGGAAAACUGGCCAGAAAAAGAGGUUGAAAGUCAACUCCAGUGCAGUUCUUCCUUUUGCAUAAAAACCAAGAUCGAACACCAAAAGCAAAUGAAGAUGCUAUCCUCCUUCAGGCAGGAUUGGGCCGAAGGACCAUAAGUGUGCCUGAAGAAGCUGACCACUCAGAGGUUGAUGCUGCAGACACAGAUGCUAUGGUAGACCUGUCCGACAGAAUUUUAACAAGCGGCUAUACUGGGGCCAUUGGGCCAGAACGGAAGAAGGACAUAAUCGAUGCUAUCGUUCUACACUCAGCAGUGAGGAUAAUUCCAAUGUUGCAGCAGGUCUGUGAUGGGCUGAAGUUGUAUGGUUUCCAGGACUUGCUGGCACAACACAGUGAGACCUGCCUUCAGAUCUUUGUACCAGGAUACUUGAAAAAGGUUGAUGCAGAAUUCCUAGAGCUUGCCCUGGCUCCCAUAUUCAGAGAGGAAGGAUCUCUCCGGCACCACAGAGAGUGCCGCAUCAUUAACUUUUUACAGGACUUUAUACAAAAGCUGGAGGAUGCUGAAGAAGAACUUGCCACUGCUGAGAAAGAGGGCGUUGGAACUUACUUUACUUACUUACGCCUACCGCCCAACUUUGGGCAUAGGCCACGAACAAGGGCUCUCCAGUCAUCCCGAUCCUGGGCCAACUUCUCUAGCUGUCCCCAUGUGUGGCCAGACCUCUUCACAUCUGCAUCAAGGUCACGGCGCCAGCUAUUCCUUGGCCUGCCUCUCUUCCUUUUCCCUUGUGGGUUCCAGAAGAGGGCAUGUCUUACAAUGCUUGAUGCAGGCUUGCGAAGGGUAUGGCCAACCCAUCUCCAACGCCUUUGGAGGAUCUCUUCCUCAAUAGGCUGCUGUCCUGUUCGCUGCCACAUCUCCAUGUUACUGAUGGUGUUUGGCCAGCGUACCCUAAGGAUUCGUCUUAGACAGGUGUUAAUAAAGGAUUGUAUUUUCUUCGUGGUAGCGACUGUUGUUCUCCAGGUCUCUGCACCGUACAGUAGAACAGGCUUUAUCAUAGCAUUGAAAAUCCUAAUCUUGGUGUUCCUAGGCAGCUCAGAGGAUCCCCAGACUUUCUUCAGCUGAUGGAAAGCUGCUCUUGCCUUUCCAAUCCGCACCUUCACAUCUGCAUCUGUCCCUCCCCACUUGUCGACUACGCUGCCAAGAUAGGUGAAGCUUUCCACUUCCUCUAGUGCUUCUCCUUCUAGCCUGAUAGGAGCUGUGUUGUUAUUGUUGACUUUGAGGAUCUUGCUCUUCCCUUUGUGUAUAAUGAGUCCCACGCUUGCUGAAUGAGCUGCAAUGAUGUUUGUCUUGGCGUUGGAAGCAUCAGUCAAAAUUCCACCACUGUAAGCAGCUUCUUCCAGUGGCUCACGGGACAAGCACACAUCCCACUAAUUGCUACACAAAGAGAAGCCUUCAAAAUCCGCGUCGAGUUUGACCAUGAUUGUGACGUCCGUUAUGGUCAUCACCAUAGCACGUGCUACCCAGUCGUAAAUGCUUGUGCUGUCUGCAUUACUUUCCCGACAAAACACCUUGGCACAUAUAAGGAGUUUCAAGAUAUCCUUUCAGAAGCAAUAAAUAAUAGCCAAGAGUUUGGUCGCCACUAGGUUCAAACAAGAAGAAUAUGAGGUAACAUUUCAUUACCAUUUUAUAUUAAAGGGUGACUGUUGGUCAUUUAGAUACAUAGUAGUAAAAGCUGCAACAUGUUUUAAGAUUGUUUGGACAGCAUUUAACAUUUAAUGAGUUUAUUAAUUUAAUUUACUAUUAAUAUAAAUAUAUAAUACCUUUUCUGCCACCUGGAGGCAAAGAUUGUUUUUUAAUAAAAGUAACUAGUAGCAAAUGUUUUAAGAUUGUUAUGACCAUACAAAUUUCUUUAACUAACUGAAUUGUUAUUGGCAUUUAUGAA